AGUCGUUAUAAUUAUCUGUAAAUAUAUUUUUUAACCUCAUCUAUAAACAUGUAGUCACUUUAUCUGCCUCGCAAAGUACUCGGAGACGCGUAGCCAUGGACCCGGAAAUACGACACCUCUAUAUCGGAGUUUUAAAAAAGUUUUCCAAGCAGUACUCCGUACUUUGCCGUAAAUCUACGAGUAAACGCAGAAAGUUUGUAGAUGCGUACGUAGAUGGAACAGGUAAAAGUAGUAGGUCCAUGGAUAUUGAAUUCACGGCAAACACACCCAUAGACGCUACAAAUUCUGAAGGUAACACCAACAUUAUCGCACAUCAGGAAUAUUUGAGAUCAAAGGACAGUGUCUUGCGUGAUAUUCUCUGGGAGGAAGACGGACUUAACCUAGAUCUGAAAACUUGCUACUAUUCCAACGCCCUAAAAGCGCACAGCACCGUUAAUAACAAGGGUACAGAGUCCGGAAGUGAUGAAGGAAAGAGCAGUAGAGGCACAUCGUCAAUUAGUGACUCGGUGGAAGAUCGCACCGAGGAUGAAGAAACUGCAAACGAACCUGUGGAGGCUCCUGUAGAGGUAUCGGUAGAAAACACAAAGUGUGCUGAGAAUUACAAGGGAUUUACGUACUGGAGCAUAGAUACAAAGAGUACAAUUAAUCGGAAAGGAUAUAAAAUGUCGCUCCUGGAAGAAUCCGAGGCCUUUGUGACAAAUGCAUUCUGGGUAAGCAAAGACUUUAGCAACACACCUAGGCAUCUACUCUUACAAGUGGCACAAAUCGCAUCAAGGGCGUUCUUUGACCCUCACUAUAGACUUUAUCUACAAAAUACCUAUCUCUAGAAUACGAGGCCU